UUGGGUGGAAGGAGCAGAUGGGUGCGUGGUUGGACGGCAAUUCGUUGGGAAAGGAGGGGGCAGGAGUUAGGCGUGAUGAGAGGUGGUUGGGUUUGUGGAAUGUUGCGAAGAGUUGGGUGGAAGGAGCAGAUGGGUGCGUGGUUGGACGGCAGUUCGUUGGGAAAGGAAGGGGCAGGAGUUAGGCGUGAUGACAGGUGGUUGGGUUUGUGGAAUGUUGCGGAGAGCUCGACGAAGGGAGUGUAG